GCCUGGGGUAUAAAGGGCUCCGGUGCCUGUGUCCACACUCAACCAGACCUAAAACACCUCCAUCUAAAAGCAACCAGUGAGUGAGUGACAGCCACAAUGGGCAGGAUCAUCUUUUACGAGGACAAGAACUUCCAGGGUCGCCGGUAUGAGUGCGACAGCGACUGCUCCGACUUCCACGCCUACCUGAGCCGCUGCAACUCCAUCCGGGUGGAGAGCGGGGCCUGGGUGGUGUACGAGCGCCCCAACUACAUGGGCUACCAGUACGUGCUGACCCGCGGGGAGUACCCCGACUACCAGCGCUGGAUGGGCCUCAACGACCGCCUCAGCUCCUGCAAGAUGGUGCACUUUACCAGCGGAGCCCAGUACAAGAUGAAGUUCUACGACAAGCCCGAGUUUGCGGGCCAGGCCUACGAGGCCAGUGAGGACUGCGCAUGCGUGCUGGACCAGUUCCGCCUGCGCGAGGUCCACUCCUGCAAGGUCGUGGAGGGCUUCUGGGUCUUCUACGAGCACCCCAACUUCCGCGGGCGCCAGUACUUCCUGGAGAAGGGUGACUACCGCAAGCCAGCUGACUGGGGCGCCGUCUGUGCCACCGUGCAGUCCUUCCGCCGGCUCACCGAGUGACCACUAGCCCUUUCCUCGACACUUCCCUCCAAACUAUGACCAGUGCUCCCAGUGACCCACAUAUCUGUGUGCCCAAGGGUGCGGUACCUAGCUUGUGACCUAGUUCAUUUGGAAUAAAACUCAAAUUGACACACCAAA